UGCUCAGUGAAGUGCUUCAGUCUGAGCUCAGGAACACAGAGCAGUGCUCUUCUGUCUGAGAUUGGAACAUUUAAGUCUAUGUGGCAAUGAGGAGUUCAGCUAUAAUGCCUGGGGAAUCUCUGAAGAUGGUGGCAAUCAUAUUAAUGAUAAGUGGAUUUGCAAAUGCACAAACAGAUAGUCCAACAAAUUCCACAGCUGCAGAUAUCGCCAUAACAGACACCAGCAAUGUCAGCACAACCACUUCCACAGCUGCACACACUGACACAACAGGCAUCAGCGUAAACCCACUCAGUUCCACAACUGCACCCAUCAGCACAGCAGGUGUCAGCAAAAUAAUCCCCAUCAGUUCCGCAGCUGCAUCCAUCAGCCCAACAGAAGCACCACCACUUUCAUUCUAUCCAUUUGGCACUGCUUUUGGCGAUACAAGUAAUAAUGCCUAUGAUGAUGGAAGCAGUCCUCCUAUAAGCCUACAAAGUCCAUUCUCAUUUUUUGGAUAUUCAUACCCUCAAAUUUAUGUCAACAACAACGGGCAUCUGACGUUUGAUCGGCCGUGGUACGGCUAUACCCCCUACCAGUUCCCUGCUCGCGGCGUCAGAGAUAUCAUCGCUCCAUUGUGGACUGACAUUGAUAACAGCCUAAAUGGUGUUAUCUCAUAUCACCAAUACACUAAUCACAGCGUGGUCUCACAGGCCACCCAAGACAUAAACCAGUACUUUCCAGGGCUGAACUUCACGGCUUCCUGGGUCUUUGUUGCAACAUGGAAUAAAGUGGCGUACUACAAAAACGCCUCACAAUCAUCCUUUCAAGUGGUUCUAAUUUCAGGAGGCAAUUCUUCCUUCAUCCUCAUGAAUUAUGGUGUGAUUGCUCCAACAGUCCUUGGCGUUGAGGCCGGGUAUGACACAGUAAACUCCACAGACUACUUUCUGAUUCCACGCUCAAAUGACACCAGCUUCAUAUCCAACCUCAGCAACUCAAGUAAUGUGAAUGUGUCAGGUCGCUGGGCCUUCAAAGUGACUGGGGGGCCAAGAAACAUCUUUAGCCAAGUAUCACAACCGCCUGUGUUCUAUCCAUUCGGCUUGGGGGCAGGAGACGCCUUUAACAGUCCCAGUGAUGAUGGAAGCUCAUCUGUUAUAGGCCUACAGAGUCCAUUCUCCUUCUUUGGACGAACAUACUCUCAGCUAUUUGUCAACAACAAUGGACACUUGACAUUUGAUCAAGCAAUGUCCAGCUGGGUGCCUGAGCGCUUCGUUGUUAACAGUGGAAGAGAUCUCAUCGCUCCACUCUGGACUGAUAUGGAUAAUCGUGGAAAUGGUAAUAUCUCAUAUAAUCAGUACACUAGUGGCAGUGUGCUCUUACAGGCCACACGGGACAUAAACCAGUACUUUCCAGGAGUGAACUUCACUGCCUCAUGGGUCUUUGUUGCAACAUGGGAUAAAGUGGCGUACUUCAGCUACUCAGGCACGGAAACAUCAUUUCAAGUGGUUUUGAUUUCUGGUGGCAAUUUUUCCUUUGUGCUGAUGAACUACGGUGACAUUGCUCCAACUAACCUCAGAGCGGAGGCUGGAUAUGACACAAACUUCACAGACUACUUUGUAAUUCUGUGGUCAGAAAACAAAUUCACCAUUCAGAGUCUCAGGUAUCUGAGUAAUGUGAACGUCCCAGGACGCUGGGCCUUCCUGGUAAACCGACCUAGUGACGCAAUUACAAGAGAUGACAUUCUUGCAGUGCGAAUGAAAGUCCUGACAGGCUCUAACCUAACAGACACUAGUAACCAAAAGAUCCUUCUACAGCAAUUCCAGGAAGAGCUGAGGAAGAAAGGCGUGCCGAGCACUGUGAGAAUGAAACUGUUACGCUUUCAGAAGAAAAGUCCAUGAGUGGUUGAUUCGGUGACCCAGAAGACAGUGCUCAUGGUCAUUUGACAGCAUGGAACAAAUUUUCAAAAAAUGUUAUUUUCCCAGCUUUCAGGCUUUCUUUUGAACCCACCCACUCUGCUAGUGAGUUUCAGACAAAAGUUGAUCUGUUCAAAUUUAACCAGAAUUUACAAUAUGUAAGAUUGUUUGUUCAAAUUAAAAGAAUAGCAUUACUGUGUUAGGAGAUUAAAAAUGUGCUAAAAUAUGCUGAGAUGGACAUGGUGUGUCAAAAAAUAAAUGCAACCAUCAAACAAAUCCACUGAGAAGGCAGAUUUGACCAUUUUCCCAACACUUCACUCGUAGGAACUUCACUCUUGCCAAGCAGGGCUCAGUAAGAGUCUCAGCGCUCAAUGCUAUUUUAGGAUUAUUAUUAUCAUUAUUAUUAAGUACUACUAGUAGUAUAAGUAGCGUGGCAAAGAUGAACUUAAAUGAGUGUAUAUGUUUUGUAGUUAAAAUUCAAAUGAAUUGUAGUACACUUUUUUCCCUCACUACCCCCUUGAAGAAGACCCCAGGUCAUUUGAGUUUGAGACCCCUACAUCACUGACAGAAAAUACAGGUUUUGCCUGUGACCCACAUCC